AUGCAAUACAGGGGGCGAUAUUUCGAAAAACUGUCUUGCAAGAAUGAACCGAAGUCUGUCGAUCUCGCUAAGCGACUUAAGCAUUUCCAAUGGGUUUUCCACAAUGGUCUUGAGAGCUCUGAUGUAGUCUCCUCCCUUGGCACCGUCCACGGUUCUGUGGUCGAAAGUACCGGUAAUAUUAAUCACGUCAUCAAACACAAAUCCGUGCGGGCUGGCUUUGUCUGGCACCGCCUUCUUUUCGACAGUACCGAUGGCCAGGAUGGCGGAUUGAGGAGGGUUCAAGAUGGAGGUGAACAAGGUGACGGCGUGGUUCAUUCCCAGGUUCGAGAUGGUGAUGGUUCCUCCUUGGAACUCUUCUGGAGAAAGCUUGUUUUCCUUGGCUCUCUUUCCGAGAUCCUUCACCUCCUUGGAGAUGGUCUCCAAACCCUUGGUGUGAGCAUUCUUCACAAUUGGGGUGAUCAGACCAGCAGGAGUAGCAACGGCAACAGAAACGUCAACGUUCGAAAAUUGUCUGAUAACUCCCUCGUUCUCAAGAUAGUAUGCGUUGACCUCUGGCACUCUCUCGCAGGCCUUGGCAAUGGCUUUGAUAAGCAGAUCGUUCACAGACAAUCUGUAUCUGUCGUUGGCAUUGCUGUUCAACGAAGCUCUGAGCUUGAGCAGCUUCGACACAGAGAUGCUAGAAGACACAAUGUAGUCAGGAGAGGUCUGCUUGGACUCUGUGAGUCUUUUAGAAAUGACCUUUCUCAUGGUGGUCAAUGGGAUGUCAGUUUCUCAACGUCCUUGGCAACAAUUCUGCCGUUAGGACCGGUACCCUUGACCUCCUUAAGAGAGAUACCUUUCUCCAAAGCAAUGUUCUUGGCCAAUGGAGAGGCGAAGAUUCUUCCAGAUGGAGCAGAAGAUGUGGACUUUGGUUUCGAGGCCUCCUUGGAUGAUUCCUUGGAGGAUUCCUUUGGAGCUUCCUUGGUCUCUUUCGGAGCUUCCUCCUCCUUGGCAGCUGGGGCUGGAGAAGAACUGUCGCCAGCGUCGGCAGCAGUGAAGUUCUCAAAAGCAGCGACAUCGCCAGACUCCUCAACGUACACGGCAACAGGCUUACCGACAGGAAUGUCUUGGGUUCCGUCCGGAACAAGGAUCUUAGCCAAGAACCCCUCCUCUUGGAACUCAAAGUCCAUCGAGGCCUUAUCGGUCUCGACCUCGGCAAUCGCCUCGCCGGGAGACAAUGCGUCUCCCACCUUCUUGUGCCACUUGACCAAGCUACCUUGGGUCAUGGUUGGAGACAAGGCUGGCAUACCGAUAACCGUAUGUUCAGGAAACUUGGAGGAGUAG